CACGUUUAACUGGUCGACCCUUUAGAGUGUUCAGCCUGGAUACAGGGAGGCUGAACCCAGAAACAUAUCAAUUUUUUGACACAGUUGAGAAGCAUUGUGGCAUCCGCAUUGAGCUGUUGAAGUUCAGGCAUUAGUAAGGAGCAAGGGUCUGUUCUCUUUCUAUGAAGAUGGGCACCAGGAGUGCUGCCGUGUGAGGAAGGUUAGACCCCUGAGUAGGGCGCUUAAGGGGCUUCGCGCCUGGAUCACUGGCCAAAGGAAAGAUCGGUUCCCAGGUACUAGGUCUGAGAUUCCCGUUGUCCAAGUGGACCCAGUUUUUGAGGGGAUGGAUGGUGGGAUUGGCAGCUUGGUGAAGUGGAAUCCAGUGGCAAAUGUUCAGGGUCAAGACAUAUGGAAAUUCCUUUGUGCGAUGGAUGUGCCUGUGAAUACAUUGCACUCACAAGGUUACAUCUCAAUUGGUUGUGAGCCAUGCACUAGACCGGUCCUACCAGGACAGCAUGAGAGAGAGGGAAGGUGGUGGUGGGAGGAUGCCAAGGCAAAGGAGUGUGGCCUCCACAAAGGAAAUAUUAAGGAGGAAAACGUAGAUGGUAAUGGAAAUGGGGCAGUCCAUGCUAAUGGAACUGCCAUAGUUCCUGAUAUAUUCAACACCCAGAACUUGGUUACCUUGAAUAGGACUGGAAUUGAGAAUUUAGCGAGGUUGGAGGACCGAAAAGAACCAUGGAUUGUUGUGCUCUAUGCACCAUGGUGCCAGUUUUGCCAGGCAAUGGAAGCAUCAUAUGUUGAAUUGGCUGAGAAGUUGGCAGGGAGUGGGGUGAAGGUGGGAAAGUUCAGAGCAGAUGGUGAUCAGGAGUAUGCCCAGAGAGAACUGCAACUAGGAAGCUUCCCCACUAUACUUUUCUUCCCAAAACACUCGUCUCGGCCAAUAAAGUAUCCCUCUGAGAAUAGGGAUGUUGAUUCCUUGAUGGCUUUUGUGAAUGCUCUCCGGUGAUUGGAAUUGAAAAUCAUUUAUGGUGUUGAACACUGCAACUCAUUCAAGAGGAAAGUCCAAGACUAAAGUUUGGUUUCACCGAGUCCAUUACUUUUAGGGGAAGGUAAAUAAAGCAAUUGAGUAGUCUAAGAAUGAUUGUGAAUCAGCCCAGCCGAAUUAGUACUUAAAUGUGCCAAUGGUAUUUCUCAGACUCACAGUGUACGAGUUUUUGGUUUAGUGUCAGUUUUCAUGUUUUUCUUGUUAGAGUUCCUUUAGAUGUAGGAACUUGCUUUGAUGUUUUGUAGGGAAGAGAUUGUAUGCAAUUGGUGGAACUUAAUAUUUGUAAUUUGCGAUUUUGGAAAUUUAUUGCCUACUUUGUAUUCAUCUGGUGCUUUAUUAGAAGACAAAUAUUCAGACUA